AUGGCUUCUCCUUCAUUGAAAGAGAAGCUGGACAAGAUCCGGUCUCCAAAUCUGCAGAGCCAAAAGCAGACUGCUAGUAUUCUCGAGGGUGUCGAGUCUGCCCUCAAGGAGCGCAACACCGAGCCCACCCCUACCGCCUACUUUGCCGCACUGCUCAGCCUCCUCGACAACAAGGCACUCGCACAUCCCGUCGUCUAUCUUCUCGACGUCAUCACACCCUUCGCCCCCGAACCCCUCCUCCGAGCCAAAUUCACCCAGAUCCUCACCUUGCUAGCGCCAGUACUGUCCCAGCCCGACGCCGAUGCGCCCCUGACUAGAUCGUCAAUUGGUUGCCUGGAGCACUUGUUGCUGGCCCAGGAUGCGGCAGCAUGGGAGAUGAGCGCCGCCGUGAUCGGCCCCCGCCGCGCCGUGGGCGGCUUGCUGAGCUUUUCCUUGGACCCCCGCCCGAAGGUGCGCAAGAGGGCGCAGGAAGCCCUGAGGAAUAUCCUCAAGAGCCCCCCGCCGAGCCCCUCUCUCGAUCAUCCCGCCGCCGCCAUGUGCGCCGAGACUGCCAUCAUGAGCCUGAACGCCGUGGCAGAGAAGGCCGCCCAGCUGAGGAAGGAGAAGAAGGGUUCCGAGGCCGUGCACGACCCCGAGCUUAUCCACGCGCUGCAGCUAGUCAAGACCGUUGCGUCUGCCAGCGGCGGAUGGCCGAGCAAGAAGAUUGAGUCGCUAUGUGAGCUGCUCCUAGGAAUCGCCCGGUCCGGAAACGAGCAUAUGAGCAUGUCGGUGUUCGACAUUUUCGAGAUGAUCUUUGAGGGCAUGGCGGACGACGUUGCGUCGGCCAAGCUUCCGAGGCUACUCGAGAUCAUCAAGGAGCUGCGCCCGGCUGCCAACGAUACCCAGCUACUCCCGCCGUGGAUCGCGAUUGUAUCCAGAGCCUACGAUGUUUCGGCGCAGAUUUCGCCCGAGGAGACUUUCCAAGAACUGCUGGAGCCGUUCAACAUGGUGGCGGGGUACCUCGAGUCCGAGGCCAAGAACAUCCGGAUCUCGGCUUCGGAGUGUUUGGUGUCGUUUAUGGUGAAUUGUGUCCCCAGGCAGGUGCUGGUGGACCCAUCAAUAUACGACGAGAAGGUUAUCCAGAAACUGGUGAACACGGUGGAAGGGCUUCUAACUGUCAAGUACCAAGCAGCGUGGCUCGAGACUUUUAACGUUAUUGGUGCCAUGUUUGACGCCCUGCGCUGGGCAGCGGCGCCUUAUCUCCUCGCCAUAACGAAGAGCAUCGGUGAGAUGCGCGGCAAUGAUUCGUUCGCCGGGAAGCAAGAGGCGGACGAAGUGAUUGGGAAGGCAAUUCGAGCAAUGGGCCCGGAGGCAGUUCUGGGAGUCUUGCCCCUAAAUCUCGCCAAGCCGGCGAGAGGUCAGCCGGGGAGGGCUUGGAUGCUUCCACUCUUGCGCGACUACACAUCAAACACCAACCUCGCCUACUUCAGAACCGAGUUUGUACCCUUGAGUGCGGCCAUGUUCCAGCGCGUUCUGGACCACGGUGGCGCCCCCAAGACGAUGGAGAUCAAGAUCUUUGAGACAGUUGUGCAACAAAUUUGGUCCAUUCUCCCAGGAUUCUGCGAUUUGCCGUUAGACCUUACGGAAGCAUUCGACAAGGAGUUCGCCGAGAUGCUGACAAGUCUGCUCUAUGAACAAGUAGAGCUGCGUUUGGAUGUCUGCCGUGCCCUCAAGGCGCUCGUGGAAUCCAACCAAGCCGUCUCCUCAGCGACUGAGGAAGAAGACCCCGUCCUGCACAGCAGGGUAACCAAGGAGGCAGCACAGAAGAACCUCGAGUACCUGGGAACGACAUUCUCCGCCGACUUCCUUGCGGUCCUCUUCAACGUCUACAGCACAACCCUGCCCCAGAAGCGGGGGCCGGUUCUGCAAACCAUCAACGCCUACCUCAGCGUCAUCCCGCCGGCGCGGCUAAUGGAAACGUUCGACCUCGUGUGUGAGAAGCUGGCUGCUGCUCUCCAAGAACCGGUCGAGAAGCCCAAGAACCAGCAGAGCGGCGAGCAGGUGCCUUCCACCGCCCACACGCUUAUGGACCUUGUCGUCACUAUGUCUAUCUACCUACCGCGAGAGAGCUUUGAGGCUCUAUUCAAGAUCGCGUCACUUGUCGUCUUCAAGGAUGACGACCCACAACUUCAAAAGAAGGCCUACAAGAUGAUUCCGCGGCUGGCGGAUUCGGAAAUUGGCAAGGCCGCUCUUGAGCAAAGGCACCCCGAGCUUCAGAGCCUUAUCUUGUCGAGCGCCGAGAAGGUGUCUGCGCCCGCUAGGCGAGAACGUCUUGCCGCAAUUACCGCGUUGCUCCCCUUUAUUCCCCACACAUCACUCCAUUUUAUUCCUGCUGUCCUCUCCGAAGUGGUCAUCAGCUGCAAGGAGAACAAUGAAAAGGCUCGGACAACAGCCUUCGACCUCCUUGUUUUGAUGGGCCAGAUCAUGGUGGCUGCGGACGGAGCAUUGAUCGAUAACAGCAAGGUCCCGAACAUGCCCAAGGAUGCGCCGGCAGUCAAGGCCUCGAUCGAGGAGUACUUCACCAUGGUUAGCGCCGGUCUCGCGGGCAGCACGCCCCACAUGAUCUCAGCCUCCAUCACCGCCAUCACCCGCGUCCUCUACGAGUUCCGGGAGCUGCUAAGCAAGGAGACCAUGUCAGACCUGGUGCAAACCAUGGACCUCUUCCUGACCUCCAACAACCGCGAGAUCGUCAAGAGCGUGCUGGGCUUCGUCAAGGUGUGCGUCAUCAGCCUGCCGACCGAGCUCAUGACCCCGCGCCUCCCGACCCUGAUCCCCAACGUCAUGGUCUGGAGCCACGAGCACAAGGGUCACUUCCGCUCCAAGGUCAAGCACAUCCUCGAGCGCAUGGUCCGCCGUUUCGGCGUCGACACGGUCAACAAGCACUGCCCAGAAGCCGACCGCAAGCUCAUCACCAACAUCCGCAAGACCAAGGAGCGCAGCAAGCGCAAGAAGGAAGCCGCCAAGGAGGGCGGCGGUGAUGACUCGGACGGUGAGGGCAGGCGCAAGAGCCGCUUCGAGAACGAGUACGACCAGGCGCUGUACAGCAGCGAGGACGAGGAUGGCGGUGGCGGCAAUGAGUCGGACCACUCGGACGACUCGGACGCCGAGAUGACGGGCCGCAAGCAGAACCGCCGGGGCGGCGCCGCCGCUGCGCACAGGGGCGCCAACGCCUACAUCCUCGAGGACGAGGCCGAGCCCCUCGACCUACUCGACCGCAACGCCCUCGCCAACAUCUCCACCACCAAGCCCGGCCGGUUGCGCAAGGACGGCACCGGCAAGCGCAUGAAGGCCAAGACGGACGUCGACGGGAAGCUGAUCCUCGGCGGGGAUGAUGACGGCGCGAUGGAUAUCGACACCCCCGCUGCUGCCGGCGCGGCUGGUGGCGAUGAGGAGGAGAGCGGCGUGGGCGCGUAUGUGGCUGCGCUGCGGGGCAAGGAUGCGCCGCGCCGGGGCCAGCGCGGGAAGUUGAAGUGGAGCCGCGGGAGGAAGGGCGAUGAUGAUGACGACAGCGAUGAUGGCGGCGGUAUGGAUGUUGAUGAGGGUGCGGCUGCGAAGGCGUUCAGGGAUAAUAAGCGCGGGAAUGACCGUAGGAGAGGUGGUGGUGGUGAUGGAAGGGGGAGAGGCGGUGGUGGUGGGUUUGGGAGAGGGAGGGGUGGUGGGAGGGGAGGCGGACGCGGUGGGAAGGGGGGGAUUGCGGCUGCUUCUGGGCGGAAGGGGGUUGGGCCAGGAGAGACAGAGGGGGCCUGCUACGCAGGGGAGUCGGGUUAA